AUGAAAAAGUUACAAUUGAUACGUCGAAUAUCCCAAGCUCGGUGCCAUUUUUCAUCUUUAAGACCAAAUUUGGACUUCGACUACCUUCUAAAUCCGGACUUAAAGCAAGAGAUUGAGCAGAAUAUUAAAUCGAGAAAGGGCGUCGGCGACAUUGAUGUGCUGUAUUCUACAUGGAAAAGAAUAGAAUCACUGACGCAGGAUGUCGAGAAAAAAGAACCGAUAACGGAAGAGCAAUUUCAGAAGCUAUGGGAUAAACUUUAUGAGGAGGCGUUAAACAUCCCAAACACAUCUCAUCCAACAGCACCAUUAGGUGACGAAUCAAAUUGUGAAAUCGUCGAAGAAUGGGGCGAAAAGAGCUCACUAAAAAAGCCGAAACUGAUGGAACGACUCGUACAAGCAUGGAGAACUUUGUUGUAUUCAUCGGAUGCUUGUGGUGAACGAAGCUAUUUUCUCAUGGAUUCAUUAGCACGUCUUGAGAAAGCUCUCCUCGAAUACGCAUAUGAUAGGGUCCUAGAAAACGGUUUCGCUCCGGUGAUCGUCUCGGAUUUGGUUCCAACACAAGUGACGAGAGCUUGCGGUGUACAGCAAAAGGAAGGCGCACAUGCAAUUCAGUACUUAUUGACCGACGAACCAGAUACAGCUCUUUCUGGGACAGCCGAAAUGGGAAUUGCAGCAAUGUUACAAAACAGAAAGUUCAAAAAAUCUGAGCUUCCUUUGCGGCUCGUGUCUCAAUCUCGAUGCUUUCGUCCUGAGAUUAGCCGGUCUGCCGCUGAAGCAAAACUUUAUCGAGUUCAUGAGUUUUACAAGGUAGAGAUGUUUGUUGUGUGCACUCCGGAACAAAGUGAAAAGCAGUUGAAACGUCUCGUCGAUAUCCAAAAGAACAUAUUCAAAGGACUUGAAAUUCAUGCGAGGUUGAAAAACAUGUCCACGGAAGAGCUUGGUGCAUCAGCCCAUCAGAAGUUCGAUAUUGAAGCGUGGAUGCCCGGACGUGAACUUUGGGGAGAGGUUUCAUCGGCAAGCAAUUGUACCGACUAUCAAGCGAGACGGCUAAACAUUCAAUAUAUUACGGAAAAGGGUGAACUACUACCCGUUCACACGUGUAAUGGAACAGCGAUUGCAUCAACACGAGCACUUAUUACCGUAUUGGAAACACAUCAAACUCAGAAAGGUGGUAUCAAUCUGCCAAAAGUGCUUCAAGAACGACUCGGAAAACCAGAGCCUCAUCGUUUGAAAUUCCAAAGAGCAGCCCCACUUAGC